AUGUGGAGGACAUUGUUCACGGCCGCCUUGGCAGGUUGGCUACCUUGUGCUCUGGCCGGCCGAAACACUACCGCCUCAAGGGAAAUCGUUACGGGAACAUACUUGGUUGAGUUGUCAGAUGAUUCGAACUCCGGGUCUUUCUAUCAGGGCCUCUCUGAAGAGGUGGGGGAGGUAUCUCAGCGCCUAACUAUCGACUCAGCGUUAUUUAGAGGCGUUUCUUUCAGCUUGAAAAACAUCUCAGAUGACGGGGCUCGAGUGAUUGAGCGCAUGUCUCAAGUCAAGAGUAUUUGGCCUGUAUCACUCAUUCCAGCGCCAGACCCGGAGAUACGUUGGACUGGACAAGGUGCAGAUUUCAGCAAGAUAUCCAACUUAGAUGCUGAAAGUGUUUACGCUCCUCAUCGUAUGACCCAGGUAGACAAGCUUCAUGAAAAAGGAUACAAAGGUAAUGGCACGCGGAUUGCUAUUGUUGACACGGGCGUGGAUUACAAUCAUCCGGCGCUUGGAGGAUGUUUCGGUCCCGGAUGCCUCGUUAGCUUUGGUACGGAUCUGGUUGGCGACGACUACAACGGAUCCAACAUGCCCGUUCCGGAUGAUGAUCCAUUUGAUACAUGUAUUGGACACGGGACUCAUGUUGCGGGUAUCAUCGCGGCACAGGCGAACCCCCUUGGAUUCAUUGGUGCAGCACCAGAGGUUGAGCUCGGGAUGUACCGAGUUUUUGGUUGUGCUGAUGGUGUUGGGACGGACGUCCUUAUUGCAGCAUUCAUCCAAGCAUACAAAGACGGUGCCGAUAUAAUCACUGCAUCCAUAGGGGGGUUGAACGGGUUUGAAGAGGAGCCAUGGAGUGUUGUCGCAAGUCGCAUUGCGCUGGAAGGCGGAGUUCCGGUCACUAUCGCAGCAGGUAACAAGGGCCAAGAAGGCCUAUUCUACGCCAGUUCGGCAGCGGGUGGUAAUGGCGUGAUGGGAAUAGCUUCAUUUGACAAUGAUGACUAUGUCUCUUAUGAGAAUGGUCAGCUGGUCACCACACCUGAUCCUAACGGAGGGUUUCCAUCCUACUUCUCCUCCUGGGGUCCCUUAUUUGAACUCCAAGUCAAGCCCCAGUUUGGUGCACCUGGAGGGGGGAUCUUAUCCACGUAUCCUACUGCUAUGGGAAGUUACGCAGUUCUUUCGGGCACAUCCAUGGCAACCCCUUUGGCUGCGUCGAUUGUUGCUCUCAUCGGUCAAGUGAAAGGCAAGAUUGAUCGACAGCUUAUCGAGAACGCUCUUGCGACUACUGCUGUUCCCAAUUUACUGAGCUAUAACGGCGUGUACCCGUACCUUGCCCCCAUUCCGCAACAGGGGGCUGGCCUAGUCAAGGCGUACGAUGCCGCGUUCGCGAAGACACUCGUGGAUACGCCGAACAUUAGCUUCAAUGACACUGAAUUCUUCAAGUCAGAGGUCAACAUUGGCAUCACUAAUACGGGAAGCGAACCAGUCUCUUACAAGCUCGGAAAUUCGGCGUCUGUAACCGCUUUUACUCUUUACGAGAACUCAGUCUGGCCGGAGAGCCUUCUGAUGGAGAUUACCGACAAGCCCGCAUCUCUGAGAUUUGAACCAGAGACACUCACCCUCGAUCCUGGCUCUUCUACCACUGUCAAAAUAUUCGCGACACCUCCUGAGGGCCUACUUGCUCAGCGAAUACCGGUAUAUUCCGGGUUUGUCACCUUGAACGCCACCAAUGGCGAGAACUUGUCAAUUCCUUAUCAAGGAGUAGCUGGGAAGAUGCGCGAUACCAUCGUUUUGGAACAAGAAAGGAGCUACCUCACCGAGACUGGAGACCCUCUCAUGAAUGAGGUGGCAAACGGAACAAUAUUUGUGUUGUCAGCGCCCGAGGGGAUGGAAGCAAAGAAUUCAAGCUUUUAUGAGAACAAGUGCCAAGUCCGGCCUUUCGGAGUUCUUCCUCAAAUGUUUUACUUGCUGCCUAUGGGGUCUCCAGAGAUCCGUAUUGAAGUCGUUCCUUUGGCCUGUAAUGGAUGCAACGCGACAGAACACCUAGGGACAGCGACAAUAGGCAACAUUGCUGGAUUCCCACAGGUUUAUGUUCCUCCUUGGGGUUAUCUUGCCCCGUGGGACGGCUUGCUUAAUGAUGGGACGUAUGCCCCGGCAGGGACUUAUAGGCUUCUUGUUAGGGCAUUGAAGAUUUUUGGUGAUAGGACGAAGGCAAGUCACUAUCUCGACGUUGAAACACCGGCGUUUAGAAUUGUUUAUGCUCGGGAUGGGUAG